AGGACAGAGGGAAUGUUACUACUAUGUUAGCAGUGUGAAAUUCGAUACACUUUUUUUAUUAGAGAGAGAAGCAAGAAGGAAGAACUCUUCAGUUAACAGAUUCAGAUUUCGAUUUCUUUCCCUCAUUCUCUCUGAUUUCCGCAUUGUGAAGUUGAAUAGUGCAGUCGCUUAAUAUUCUCUCUAUCUCUUAAUUGGUAGAGUUUCCAUGUCUGGUGCAGUCGUCGGUGUCUGUUUUUGAAGAAGAAAGUGUUUUUUUUGACAAUGUUCACGGAUGGCGUCAGAGUUAGACAGGAGGUCGGUGGUGCAAAAAGGAGAGAAGCUUUUAAGCCGAUUUCAAUUCAUGAAAGGAGAAUUGAUCCUAUUGUUAAUCAGAUAAAAGGCGCUUAUAACUCUGGAGUGCUUCCACCUACCAAAUUCGAUAUUGAGCAUUUGUCAGGUGUAAUUCCAGCCUCACAACCAACAUCAGUGACCAGUAUUAAUGGCAGGUCAGGAUCCGAUAUGGACACAUCCUCUGAUUCUGAGGAUGAGGUUUAUGGUGGGCAAUAUUCACUCAAAUCGUCUCCUCAAGACGACAAAAUUCCUACCAGUGUAGCUCCUGUAUACAAUGCUUCGAGACAAAGGGAUGUGAAUCAUUACAAAGAUGAGAUUAACUUUUCUAGGAAAUCGACUCCAGAGAAACAAGGAAAAGGAGAGGAUAGACUGGGAAGGGAAGAUUAUGGGGUUCAAUUAGGCCAACCAGGUGCUUCUGAAGAUGAACAGUCAGAUUCUGCCACUAGCACUGAAAUGUCUUCUACGCAAUGCAGAAGCAACAGCACUGCAACUCGUAGAGAAACAUACACUUCAGAUGGAUAUUCUUCUAAUAUUCGGUUGCAGGCAAAUGUUGAAACUAGAGUUGAACAGGACUUAUGUGUGAGAAGAAUGCGGGAUGAAAAUAACUAUAAAGACCUUCCCAGUGCUCCUCCAUUUAUUGGUUCUGGUCCAAAAAUUGAACCUACCAUUGAGAAAGUUUCAACUUCCAGAGCUUCUGGCACACCCUACUUAGCGGAUUAUACCAGUUUUGCAACCACUUGCAAAGCAGAAACAUCUAAAAGCAUUUAUGUCGGCAUUUCUGAGCAAGAUGGCCAUGGCCAUGGAAUUACUUCUGACUCAUCUGUCAGGACAGCAGAAGCAGAUUGUGUGAAUGCUAAUGUAUCUACAGGACCUGUACCUGCCCGCCUCCCAACAUUUCAUGCGAGUGGGCAAGGUCCAUGGUGUGCUGUAAUUUCUUACGAUGCCUGUGUUCGGUUAUGUCUCCAUUCAUGGGCCAAGGGUUGUGUGGAAGAAGCUCCUCACUUCUUGAAUAAUGAGUGCACAGUGCUGCGAAAUGCAUUUGGUUUACAGCAUGUCUUGAUACAAUCAGAAGAUGAGCUAUUGGCGAAACGAACUUCAGAGUUUUUCAGCGAAGGAGUUGCACCAAAAUCUAAAAAAGUCUACGGAAAAAUGAAAGUGCAAGUGCGUAAAGUGAAAAUGGGUCUAGAGCCACCUCCUGGUUGCAAUUUAUCAUCUCUUGGGCCACAAAAGAUAAAACUUGAGGCACUUCAACAUCGCUUAUCCAAUCUGAACUUAACCUUAUAUUCUGGUUGGAAAGCUGUACAGAAAGUUCGUGUCACCCCUCGAGUUCCUGCAAAUAGAUCUUUUUCACAACAUAGCCUAGCGUAUAUGCAUGCAAGCGCUGAGUACGUGAAAGAGGUCUCCAGGCUCUUGAGAAAUGGCGUAUCCAAUCUUCACAACAGUUCAUCAUCAUAUGAAGCAGUUCAAGAAACAUAUGGUUGCUUGUUGAGAUUGAAAAGUUCAGCGGAAGAGGAUGUGGUUCGAAUGCAACCUGGAUCUAGUGAAACACAUGUGUUCUUUCCUGAUGGACAUGGAGACGAUCUUAUCAUUGAAGUUCAAGAUUUGAAAGGACGGAGUUAUGGUCGUGUCCUGGCUCAAGUUGCCGCUAUUACUGAUGACCCAGUAAGAGCUUUUUAUUUUAUUGUGUUGCGUAUGAGGUAUAGGAAGCCAUACUCAUAUGCUAGAAAGCCUAAUUUUAGUCACGUGCAGGGUGAGAAGCUUCGGUGGUGGCCUAUCUAUCAUGAGCCAGAGCAUGAGCUUGUUGGCAGAAUACAGUUGCAUAUAAGCUACACUACUUGUGCUGAUGAGCAUAAUCAACCUAAGUGUGGCCAAGUUGCGGAAACUGUGGCAUAUGAUUUAGUUUUAGAAGUCGCAAUGAAAGUUCUACAUUUUCAGCAAAGGAAUCUGUUGUUGCACGGUCCGUGGCGAUGGUUGGUGACGGAAUUUGCAUCUUACUACGGAGUAUCAGAUGCUUACACCAAAUUAAGAUACCUUUCAUAUGUCAUGGAUGUGGCAACACCUACUAAAGACUGUCUAGACUUGGUUAAUGAUUUGCUACUACCAGUUCUAAUGAAGGGAAACAGCAAGAAUGUGUUGAGUCAUCAAGAGAAUCGCAUCUUGGGGGAGGUAGACGAUCAAAUUCAGCAGAUUCUGGUUCUGGUUUUUGAAAACUACAAGUCAUUAGAUGAAUCAUCACUAUCCGGUAUGAUGGAUACUUUCAGACCUGCCACUGGAUUGGCAGCUCCUGUUUUGGCAUCUGCUGUCAAAUUAUACUCUCUACUGCAUGACAUAUUAAGCCCUGAGGCACAGCUGAAGUUUUGCAGAUACUUUCAGGCUGCUGCAAAAAAGAGGUCAAGAAGGCACUUGACAGAGACAGAUGAAUUUAUUCAAAGGGUUAACGAGAGUACAUUGGAUCCUGUCACUUUUUCUAUUUCUUACCAGAAGAUGAAAUCUGUUGUUUUGAGUAUGCGAAAUGAAAUCUUCACUGACAUACAGAUCCAGAAUAAUCAUUUGUUUCCUAGUUUUUUGGACCUUCCAAAUCUAUCAGCAUCUAUAUAUAGCGUGGAGCUUUGCAAUAGAUUGCGCAAAUUCCUUGUCUCAUGCACUCCUCCAUGCCCCUCACCUCCUGUUGUAGAUCUUGUGAUUGCAACAGCAGACUUUCAAAGGGAUCUUGUUGGCUGGAAUAUCAAUCCCAUUAAAGCUGGAGUUGAUGCAAAGGAGCUGUUUCACGUGUACAUAACACGUUGGGUUCAGGACAAGCGUGCUACUUUGCUUGAGUCAUGCAAACUUGACAAGGUGAAGUGGCCUGUCACGGAACAGCAUUCAACAACUCCUUUUGUUGAUGAUAUGUAUGAUCAGCUAACAGAGACCCUGAAUGAAUAUGAGAUCAUCAUUUGUCGAUGGCCAGAAUAUGCUGUUGUCUUGGAACAUGCUGUUGCAGAUGUUGAAAGGGCAAUUGUUGAAGCUCUUGACAGGCACUAUGCUGAUGUGCUAUCACCGUUGAAUCUGGCGCCAAAGAUUCCUGGCCUUAAAUAUGUUCAGAAGUUUGCAAAACGAACAGUUAAUACUUAUUUGGUCCCAGAUGAGUUAGGAAUUUUCUUAAAUUCCUUGAAAAGGUUGCUUGAUGUGCUCCGGCCAAAGAUAGAAGCUCAGUUAAAGUCGUGGAGUUCUUGCAUCCCAGAUGGCGGGAACACAGUCACUGGUGAAUGUCUUAGUGAAAUAACGGUGAUGCUGAGAGCAAAAUUCAGAAGUUAUGUGCAGGCAGUUGGGGAAAAGCUUGCAGAUAAUACAAAGAUCCAGGGUGCAACAAAAUUGAAAAAAAUUAUUGAAGACUUCAAGGAAAAUGUGUUAGAAUCUGAUGUGCGAAGUAGAAUGCAGCCCUUGAGGGAACUGCUGAUCCAGACAAUAAAUCAGGUUCAUACAGUUUUUGAGCCACAUUUAUUCACAGCAAUCUGCCGAGGCUUCUGGGACCGGAUGGGGCAGGAAAUGCUGAAAUUUCUUGAGAAUAGAAGAGAGAACAAGUUAUGGUAUAAAGGCUCACGGAUAACUCUUUCAAUUUUGGACGACACAUUUGCAUCCCAGAUGCAGCAGUUGCUUGGGAAUGCAUUGCAAGACAAAGACCUCGAGCCUCCAAGGUCAAUAAUGGAAGCACGCUCCAUGCUAUGCAAGGAUGCUGUAAAUUACAAGGAAAGCAACUAUUAUUACUAGAGAUUUAUUUUAUUGUGCAUAAAUUUAGAAGGGUCUUUAGGGGGUGAUUGAAGGAGGGUUGUGUUCAACAAUGAAAUUGACAAGGCUUAUUGUGCCUUUGGCAAUGCAAAGAGCAUUGCACUGCGUAGUAUAUAGAUAGUAGAUCGUUGAAAUGUCAGGUGUGUGGCAAUUUUGUAUACAAAUCAAUUUUGUAGAGCUUUGUUCCAUGGUCUUCAUGGUGAUCAUUAUUCUUUUUCCCUCU